AUGGAAAUCACCGUCUUUACGAACGGUCGGAUACACACCAAUGGCGAUUCUUCGGAUGAGCCUAUCUUUCAGCAAGCGAUGGUGAUCGUGGGACAUCGCAUUGUUCAUGUUGGAACAAGCGUCGACGAUGCCGUCCAGGACGCCUUGUCGAGCGGAGCAAAACACAUUGAUUUGCAAAACCGAAUUGUCGUGCCGGGGUUUAUCGACAGUCAUAUACACAUGAUCGACUUUGCUCUUUCGCGUCGUAAGCUGGACCUACUCCAUUGCAAGUCGCUCGACGAUAUCCGACAUAAAAUCAAGGCCUACGCUGAGACGCAUCCGAGCGAGCCCCGAAUCGCCUGCAAGAGUUGGAUUCAAUCAACUACGGACGGGGUUGCCCUGGCGAGCAUGCUGGAUGAUUUGGAUCCUCGUCCCAUCUACAUUCAGGCAAACGAUUUGCAUUCUGGGUGGUGCAAUACGGCUGCACUGGAGGAGAUUGGCGCAACGGCCAUGACCGAUCCGCCCGGUGGGAAGAUUCAUCGAGACGACAACGGUAGGCCCACAGGUUUGCUAAGUGAGACCGCUUAUUUGGCAGUGGUGCCUCCAUUCCUCAUGAACGCAGCAUCGAAGGAAGACAAGCUAGCUGCGUUGGAGGACGCGGCGGCUGCAUAUAGCGCCGCCGGGUAUACCGGGAUGAUCGAUAUGGCCAUGGAUGACGUUCAAUGGGACGUUCUGAAAACAUUCCGGCAGAAGUGCGGUGACAACUUCCCUUUCCACGUCGCGGCACAUUGGUUGGUUCCUUAUUCGCAUGCUAUGGACGAAGUCUUUCGGCACCUGGAUACGGCAAUCGCUCGUAAUCGCGAAUAUAGCCCCGUGGAAUGCCCCGAAUUCUGCAUCGUGGGCAUCAAGCUCAUGUCUGACGGAGUGGUUGACGGGUGUACGGCAGCCCUGAAGGAACCUUACAACGGCGCGACAGACCGUGUACCAACCAUCUGGCCGGCAGAUGCGCUCGAGGCCGUGAUCAAGAAGGCCGAUUCAUCUGGCCUGCAGUGCGCGGUUCACGCGAUCGGAGACCAGGCGGUCAAACAGGCCAUCGACGGACUCUCCCAGGGCCAGCCAACUCGUCGGCAUCGUAUCGAGCAUCUCGAAUUGACAACACCCGAAGAUGCCAAGCGACUCGGCCAGCAGGGGAUCACCGCAUCUGUCCAGCCGGUUCAUUCCGACCCGGUUCUGUUUAGAGCCUGGCCCGAUCUCAUCGGCCAGCAUCGCUGCAGUCGCGCAUUUGCCUAUCGAGACUUCCUGGAUGGCGGUGCACCCAUCGCCAUCGGAACCGACGCGCCCACAGCAGCUCAUCUAUCCUUGCCUAACUUGUAUAAUGCGACGACCCGCCGGUCGACCAUCGAGCCGGGGUGCGAAGAAAGAGUCAACUCCCACUUUGGACUGUCCCUUGGGGCGGCAGUGACUGCGGCAACUACCGGGGCUGCGUAUUCUCGUUUCGCGGAAUCAUGGACGGGAAUGCUGCGCAAGGGAUAUCGGGCGGACUUUGUGGUUCUGGAUAUGGAGUGGAAAGCUGAGAGCUUACUGAAGGCAAAGGUUCGGCAGACAUGGGCGCGAGGGAAGAAAUCGUAUGACGCAGGAACCGAUGACUAG